AUGACACACUCCACUCAAACCAACUCUCUCCCACCUUAUGUUGGUAAGACUCCAGUCGUAUUUUGCCAACGACCCGAAGGUUGUGUUAAAAAACCUGCCAAAGGUUCAAAGUAUUGUUCUAAAUCGAAAUGUUUACAGUUGGAAAAUAAGAUUUCAUUGGAGAAUAGCAAGGGAGUACUCCCAGCCCCACUCCACGAUGAAUUGGAUAUCUCUUCUCUGAAUCUUGGUAGCAACUAUGAAGUGGACUCAGAUUAA